AUGACACUCAACUACUUUUAUCCUUCCCCCCCUUCUGACACCCAGGUGGCGACACGCAUCUCUGCCUGCCUGGCAGAUAUCUCAGUUUGGAUGUCGGCCCACCACCUCAAGCGCAACCCUGACAAGACGGAGCUGCUCUUCCUCCCGGGGAAGGCCUGCCCGCUCCAAGACCUCUCCAUCACGGUUGACAACUCCACGGUGUCGUUGUCCACAGAAUGCAAAGAACCUUGGCUGUCUGUCCCCUCACUGAGAACGGGCCCCAGGCCCUACAGGUUAGCCACGGCCUGUCUGGCCACACUGUGCGCUGUCCUUCUGCUGUCCAUCAUCGCUGCGAGCACCCACUUCAAAUCUCUAUAUCUGGGCUUGCGCAAUGAGCAUCAGGCUCCUCUGCCUCAGAACGAGUCUGGUGGUCAGAUGCAGAUGCAGAGAGAGACCGUCAACGUAACGGCCCCGAUUGCAGCCCUGAGAGAACUGCAGACGAAGAAAGAAGACCUUGUGAAGGAGAGAGACGAGCUUCUGGCCAGGUUGGCCAAAUCAGAACCAGAGCCCACAUCACCACUGUGACCUACGUCAACCCCGUUGCCCUUUCAAACGCCGGUAACCUGUCCUCGGGACUGGCUGGUGCUCAACAGCAGCUGCUACUACAUCUCCACCAGGAGUAUGCACUGGCACAACAUCCAGGACUCGUUCAUGGAGAUAGGAGGACACCUGGCCAUCGUACACACUGCUGAGGAACAGACGCUUCUGUUGAACCAGUUACCUCUGAGCCACUGGAAUGCAAACUGGUUUGGAAUCAAUGACGAGACAGCCGAGGCAGACUGGCUUUGGGUCGAUGGAACCAAACUGCUCAUUAGGCCUAGUUUCCACAUGUUGAAUGCAAAUCUGGCGUUUGAGCUUCUAGAGAUUGUGAGACAAGUUUGGUCGAGCUGUGCCACUGUGCGCUACCUGCACAGACACAUGGAGAGCAUGAAAGAGAGCGGCAGCCCCUUCUCCGCGCCCCGUCUGCACAAUUUUGACAACAAUGGAAAUAUCUUCUACACGGUCAUCUCUCUGUACAUGUUUGGCACCACUCUCAUUUGCUUUUGGGAGGAGGGUGAGCCCAACAACCACAUUGACGAAGACUGUGGCUACAUCGUGAAGACACGCAAGCUGGAGCACAAAGCGGUGACCAGCUGGUACGACGCCCCGUGCACCAUGUACUGGCCCUUCAUCUGUGAGAUAGAGACGCAGACCCCUGAUCCUGCUACUUAG